UUAUUUCUAUUGGAUAUGGUUCAGAGUUAAAGCUUUCUAUUUUGGCCAUACAGGUAACAAUAGCCUUCGGUGCAUAUUUCAUUUCCUUCUGUCCGUUGAAGAAGCAUGGCAGUUCAAAACUCUAUGGAACUAGCAAGUAGUUCUUGUGAUGAUGAUGGGCAUCCUUCAAGAACUGGAAACUUAUGGAGUUGCGUAGCUCAUAUAAUAACUGCUGUUAUUGGGUCUGGAGUACUGUCAUUGGCAUGGAUACUGUCAUUGGCAUGGAGUACAGCACAGCUAGGAUGGAUUGCAGGGCCAAUUGCCCUUCUUUGCUUUGCAAUUGUCACCUAUAUUUCUGCAUUCCUCUUAUCAGAUUGUUACAGAUCUCCUGACCCAGUAACCGGAACGCGAAACUACUGUUAUAUGGAUGCUGUCAGAGUGAACCUUGGUAAGACGCAGACGUGGUUUUGUGGCUUGCUUCAAUACUUAAGCAUGUAUGGGACUUGUGUUGCUUAUGUUAUUACUACUUCAACCACUACCUUCAAACCAAUAAUUAGGGUGUUGGUUAUCGUUACAAGGUACGCAACCUUUUCUUAUUCAAUCUAUUUUGUUGAAUCUAGUGCAUGUGCAUAUGGAGAUAAUUUCUUUAUGCUUGUAUUUGGACUUGUUCAGAUAAUAGUUUCACAAAUACCAGAUAUUCACAGCAUAGAAUGGCUCUCAGUAGUUGCAGCUAUCAUGUCCUUUGCUUACUCUUCUAUAGGUUUUGGACUUGGCUUUGCAAAAGUAUUAGAAAACGGAAGGAUCAAGGGGAGCAUUACAGGAGUGCCAACUGCCAAUGUUGCUGAUAAACUAUGGCUAGCCUUUUUAGCACUUGGGGAUAUUGCUUUUGCCUAUCCAUACUCACUCAUUCUUCUAGAAAUUCAGGACACACUGAAGUCACCUCCUGCAGAGAAUAAGACAAUGAAGAAAGGAUCAAUGGUUGCAAUUUUCAUUACCACUUUCUUUUACCUCUGCUGUGGAUGCUUUGGAUAUGCAGCUUUUGGUGAUAAAACACCUGGAAAUUCAGUAAGGAUUGUUCUUAUUCAUUUGGUAGGAGGAUAUCAGAUAUAUAGCCAGCCAGUGUUUUCAUUUGUAGAAGGAUGGUUUUCCAAGAAGUAUCCAAGAAGUGGGUUUGUGAAUAAAUUCUAUACCUUUAAACUUCCAUUGUUCCCUCCUCUUCAAGUGAAUCUUUUAAGGGUAUGUUUCAGAACAGCUUACGUGGCAUCAACUACUGCUAUUGCAAUGGUCUUCCCUUACUUCAACAUUGAAUAA